AUUCUGGCAACUACGAAUUUGCUAGCUAGUUGUUUCUGGCAAUUUAUCGUCGGUUCCAUUUUGUUCUAUCAUCUCUGCUCGUCACAAUAUUCUAUAAAAAGAUUUUCGUAUCGACUUUAAAUUGUAAACAUGCUAACGAUAAAGAACUAUCAUUCCCAAUUCGGAAUGUACGGCUCGUCGAUUAGAUUAAGUUUUCGAAAGUUUUGUGAAAUGGCUGAUGCAAAAUUAAAAGCAGUUCCAAGUGUAAAUAUUGAGGAAGGAGUCUUCAAAUAUGUAUUAAUAAAAGUGUACGGAAAAGAUGAAUCUUCAAAUAAAAAUAUUGUAAGAGGAUUUGCGGACUGUCAGUGGCAUUCCGAUAUCUACGACCGAACCAGCGAAUCCUGUAAAGGAUUAGGGUUAGAAACAGAAUGUCUUGGCGGUGGUCGCAUUGAGCAUAAUCCGAACUUGAAGUUAAUAAAGGUGUAUGGCUAUUCCCAGGGCUUUGGGAAGGCGGACCAUGCGGAAACUAGGAGAAUUUUGCUGGAUAAAUUUCCACAAUAUAACAUUGAAAUAUCCGACGAAGGCUAUUAAAUGUUAGGCUUUUUAGAUUUCGGAAAGUUAUGUUAAGAUUUAAAAAUGCAUGCUUCAUUUUCAAAUAAAAUAGAUAUGAAAAUUGGUUAAAUUUGAUAUAUAUUUA